AUGGGUUUGAAGGACUACUUUCGUGCCAAACCACCAGUCGUGGCUUCUGCAGACCCUCCUGCUGUUCGUCAACAGCCUUUAGAUGAUUUGGAGCUCCGGCCACCGUUCAUGCCAGGCUCUGGGUCUGGGUCCACCUCUGGGGUGGGGUCUUCUAGGUCUUCAGCAUUCAUGAUUGACGAUAUAAAGCAUGAAGUUAUGGUGAACUAUCUACACCAACAACAGUGCAGCAAUCUCUGGAUCAACCCCAAUGCUGCCCCUGGUGAGAGCGGCGGUGAUGAGGGGGUAUUGCUAAGGAAAAGCAAAGGCCAUUAUAUAGCUUGUCCUGUGUCUUUGAGCAAUAGCCUGUUUACAGAGGCUUGUGUAGCACUAAACGUCCAUGUUGCUAUGACCGUUAGUUCUCGAGUUAUCAAAACAUUUUUACAGUGGUCUCCAGACGCUGUAGAUGUCCCGCUUAUGAACGGUCUACGCAUUCAAAUCAUCCCUACAAUUUCUGAUCUUCCACGUGCAAGAAAGUACCAAUUCGCUGCCUUCAUUGCUAAGGAUUCGCUCUUGGUGGUUUGGGACGAUGACCCGCUCAACAUUAUUACCAGAGCCAAAUUCAUUGAAAAUGAGCUCAUGGCCUUAGUAUGGAAAACCCCUGAAGCGCUAGAAGAGGAAGCAGCAAAGGAAGAGAGACAGUUGGGUGUACAAAUUGAAGAGAUCAUUGAUGAGGAAUCCGGACAAGUAUCUGGAUACCGCGAAAGAAGGCCCACAAAUCUUUUGAAUACCAUCUUGGUUGCUUUUACUUUGGCCCUUGUCAUCACAACAUUGGGUGCUGGGUAUAGACAGAUAGGCAUAGAGGUUGCGGUCGAUGGUAACAUGCUGAGACUUGCAUUUAUUGCUUUGUCACCCAUUCAGGUUUUCUUCACAUUGUUUUUCGCUCAAGUAAUCGUCGGUUGUCUUGCCCAGUGUUUUGGUCCUGUUUCCCAGUUAACAGAGAACUCCAAAUAUUAUUCGGCAAACCCUCCACAACGCAUCAGAACCGGAGUCCUUCCACACAUAACCAUCCAGUGCCCCGUAUACAAAGAGGGUCUUCAAGGUGUUAUUGCGCCUACAAUAAAAUCUAUCAAGCAGGCAAUUAGCACUUAUGAGCUCCAAGGAGGCACGGCAAAUAUUUUUAUCAAUGACGACGGCCUUCAGCUGUUCAAAGAAGAGGAAGAGCACUUACGAAAGGAGCGCAUAGACUUCUAUGCUGAUCACAAUAUUGGCUGGGUCGCAAGGCCAGGCCACGGCAAGGAUGGCUUUGUCAGGAAAGGAAAAUUCAAGAAGGCCUCCAACAUGAACUUCGGUCUUAUGAUUUCUUGUAAGGUCGAGGAAAAGCUCGAGUUAAUUGAACGUGAUGUUGAAUGGAAUCAGGCCAAAGAAGCCCAAGCUUAUGAAGAAUGCUUAAAGGAGGUCCUUGAUGAGCAUGGACGUGCCUGGGCUGAUGGGAAUAUCCGUGUCGGCGACUAUAUUUUGCUCAUCGACUCUGAUACACGUAUUCCUUCGGACUGUCUUCUAGAUGCCGCCUCUGAAAUGGAGCACUCGCCUGAAGUCGGCAUUAUGCAGUACUCGUCUGGCGUUAUGCAAGUUGUUCAUAACUACUUUGAAAAUGGCAUCACAUUCUUUACGAACCUUAUCUACACUGCCAUCCGUUAUACAGUUGCCAACGGGGAUGUUGCGCCCUUUGUCGGCCAUAAUGCGAUUUUAAGAUGGUCAGCCAUUCAACAGGUUUCCUACCAAGAUGAAGAUGGCUACGAUAAAUUCUGGUCAGAAUCCCACGUUUCGGAAGAUUUUGACAUGUCUCUACGUCUUCAGUGCUGUGGAUACACCAUCCGUCUCGCGGCUUAUACUGGCGAGGGUUUCAAAGAAGGCGUAUCACUUACUGUGUAUGAUGAGCUAGCCCGUUGGGAAAAAUAUGCGUACGGAUGCAACGAACUUCUUUUCCACCCGAUAAGAUUCUGGCCUAUUCGGGGACCUUUCACCCCAUUGUUCCGCAGAUUUCUAUUUUCGAAUAUCCGGAUGACUUCCAAGAUCACCAUCAUCUCGUACAUUGGCACAUAUUAUGCUAUUGGUGCUGCCUGGAUCAUGACUACUGCAAAUUAUUUUGCAAUCGGAUGGUUUAACGGGUAUCUCGACAAGUACUAUAUUGACUCAUGGAAGGUGUGGUUUUCAAUUGUGAUUGUCUUUAACCUCCUCGGAAAUGUUGCGUUGGCUAUUAUGAGGUAUCGCAUUGGGGAAAGAACCUUCUUUUAUGCUCUCUUUGAGAACUUCAAAUGGGUUUUCCUCCUUGGAAUCUUCCUUGGUGGCCUCUCUCUGCAUGUUUCCCAGGCAUUAUUAGCCCACAUGUUCGAAAUCAACAUGACAUGGGGCGCUACAGCCAAGGAAAUCGAGUUCUCAAAUUUUUUCAUCGAGGUUCCUAAGCCUUUUCAUUACCUUUAUGGGAUUCAUGUGAUAUGA